AUGGAACCGGCCUCGGACCCCUACCGGCAGCGUUUGAGAGGGUUUCGGUGCUUAACGCUGGCCGGAGCCAUAGGACAAGCUGCUGCAGUAUCAACUGAUGCUUUAAAUGCUAGAGUCCCCGGGGGGCAGCGCCCACCCCCUCCAAGGGCCUUGGCGCUGCGCGAGGCCGGUUUUGCCCCUCCUUCCUUGGAGGAGCGCCGAGGGACAGUUCUUGCGCCUGCGCCCUGCGUCAGUGGGCGCCAGGCGACCGUCUCCGCCCCCGCCCGAGGGCCCUUGUGCGCCUGCGCGGUCGCUCUCCCGCCCUCUCACGGUGCUCGGCUGAGUCAGUCAGUCCGUCGGAGUCUGUCCUCGGAGUAG